AUGGCCCAUUUGUAUUUCCAUUUUGUUUCCACUGAUGUUCUCUCAGAACUUCCUUUGGUGGAGUGUGAGCAUCUACUAAGUGCAGAGAGUGGUGGACCAAGCAUGUUGUUGCAAGCACCAUCAGACAAUUUCAACCUUACCAACUUCUCAACCUAUUUCAUGGAUGUAGACUCUAUGGUCCCUCCUCCUGGUGAGGAAGGGUUCUCAAGCGCUGUGUCCUUACUUCAUAAUGGCUGCAUAGGCAGUUCACCUACUUGCCAAACAGUUGCAAUUACCAUUCGUACCCUUGAUGUGUUCCAACAAAGUCAUCGGGUAUGCCAAAGGUUCAGCAUCCACACUGCCAUGAAGAUGCUUUGUUUCAUGCAUAAUCUUUGUUAUUAUUGGCACCUAGCUGAACAGAUGUGCACUGCAUUCAAUGUAUAUCUCGAAAUACAUUCUUGCCAAUAUAAGCUGGUCAAUGAGCCGACUCUGGACUUCUUGAUUCUGUGUGCAUGUGACAGGAACAACUCAGCCAAACUUGUUGAUCCUGCAGUAUGUAGUGGUGAGGAAUGUCUUGAUCCUUGCUCAGGGCUAUCAUCCAUCUGGCUCACAGAGUUGUAUGUUGACCAAUUAAAGGAUGAAGUCCGAUCUGUGCAGGCAUACAAACUGGACUUGAAUGAUUCUGCAGAGCCACCCACCAUAUGCAUUAACCACUGGCAUAAUGCAGUGCCCGAAUCACACAAGAAGAUGUUUGCUAUAUUAAAGAAGUCAGGGAUCUUUGUCACAGUAUGCCAGCACAGUUUUCUCCUUACAAUUUGUGAUAUGGUCCAAAGCAGCAAAUUGAUGAAAUACCUGAUUGCUAGUGUGAAGAAGCUCAUGGACGUCUUUGGCAGCAAUAUUCUUUAUGGGUAUGAUAUCAAAUGCACCUUCAAAAAGAUUAUACAAUGGAGUUUGCUUGCUGAUGAUGCAAAACCUUUAAACCUGCAGGGUGUUGUGCCUGCCUUCCAUGGACAUGCUCACAACCGUCUUUGCCAAGUUAAGCAUCACUUGAAGUAUAAAGUCAGUGCAGGGGAGGAUUUUGAGACCUGCAAACAAGUCUUCUCUGAAUCUAAUGCACCUCCCUAUGUAUGUCACAUCAUUUUUGCAGACUCCACACUAACCAUGAAUAUAGCUGACUUCAUCUAUAAUAAUCACAUCCAAGUGCUGACAAUUAUCUCUACAACAAACAUAUUUCUUGCCAACUUCCACACAUCAAAUGCUACCAUCAAGCCCAACUUCGAAGAUGAUCUCAAGGAUGAGCACCAGGUUUUACAAUGCCUUGCUUGCAAGAAGGAAGAAUCCACUGUGGAAGUUGACUAUGUAAGAGCAUUGAAUGAGUAUGACAAGGCCCAUGGGCUCAAUUUAUGCCUCAAUUAUUCUACAAAGGAAUCUGGUGACAUACACCACCAUCAUUCCAAUGCUACUAACAAACAUGAUCAGAAACUGGAGAUUGUCACAUAUUAUGAACAUCAAAUGGUGCUGGACUCAAGAUGGGGUCCAGACCACCCUAAACAGAUGAAGACACAGUCAUGCAUUACCAAUCAGCUCUUCCACAAGGCUGUAGAUGACAUUGAACACCUUGUUGUCAUGCAUCUGCUUGAGUUGACUAAGCUACAAAUGAGUGGUCUAGGUUAUAAGCUUCACACUCAAAUCUCAAAGGCACUCAAGAGUCAUGUGAAUGCAAUUCAAAAUGCCCUUACUCAAUACAACAAAUAUGGCACUCUCCUAAGUCCCUCCCACCCCCCAUUACAAUGGGACCAGAUUUUUGACUUGUUAUGGGAAAUGGAUGGGGAGAUCCAGUCAAAGAAGAUUCAUUGGCUGAAUGUUGAGCUUGGAUGUUUACUCAUGAAGAUGCAAGAUGAUGCCAUCAAUUACUCCCAUGCCAUUGCACAACUUCAGUCCAGUGACCCACCCCUUGCAGCCAAACUCCAGCAUUGCUGGACAUAG